UGACGGAAGGAAUUGUGAACAUUAAAACAUAUUAAAUAACAUGUUCACGGCCCAGUUUAUUUAUUCCUUACUUUAUUUAUUUAACUGUUGUAUAAAAGCAACUACGACCAAACCACAGCCGUGAUGUUAUUUCGCGAUAACACACUCCAUCUCAUGUCCUAUUGCUUAUGCAGAAUACACAAUGUGUUAUAAUUGUUAUCAUGCUGCCAUUAUUCAGUCCAUGGGUAGCAGUGUCUUCGCACAUCACACUCUCAGAUACAGAAGCAGACACGGGCAGGGGACUUGGGCAGUGCUGUAAACGUCAUGAUCCAGGCCGGGGAGCUCAGCAAUCCUGAGCGGAAACCCCUCCCGAAUCCCAACUCCGGCAACCGAGCAAAAGAAAAGGGGAAUAUCAAGGAAUCAGGAAACACGGAGAAACAGCACAAUACAUAAAUUAUCACGAGAAAUGCAGACUUGAGGGUCACCCUGGUGAGUGACAGACAAACUGUUUGCUUUGCAACUGAAAUGGGGUUCGGUCAGGACUUGCGGAACUCCCACGAGGGCCUGAUCAAGCUGCAGGACUGGGAGCUGAAACUGCUGGAGACAGUAAAGCGGUUCAUGACACUUCGUGUGAAGAGUGACAAGGAGUACGCCUCACUCCUGCUCAACAUUUGCCAGCAGGUGGACAAGCAUGACAACUCCUCCCAGAUCCACUACAUCAGCACCAUCUCCAAGUCGUGGGCUCACAUGGUACAGCAGACAGAGCAGCUGAGUAAGAUCAUGAAGUCUCAUGCUGAGGAACUGAACUCUGGCCCACUGCACCGCCUCACCAUGAUGAUCAAAGACAAGCAGCAGGUGAAGAGGAGCUAUCAGAGCAUCCAUCAGCAGAUCGAGUUUGAAUUGAAUAAGGUUACAAAAACCGAUCUUGAGAAGAUGAAGGGUACCUACAGACAAUUAAGUAAGGAUGCUCAUAGUGCCAGAGAGAAAUACAAGGAAGCAGUUGUUAAAGGCAGGGAGCCAGAGAAGGCACGCGAGCGCUAUGACAAAGCCACCAUGAAGCUGCACAACCUGCACAACCAGUAUGUGCUGGCGGUGCGCAGCGCACAGCUGCACCAGGAGCAUUACCACGAGAGUGCACUGCCCCUGCUUCUCGACUCACUGCAGAAGAUGCAGGAGGAGAUGAUCAGCACUUUGAAAGGCAUUCUGGAAGAGUACAGUGAAAUCACCAGUCUCUUAACUGAUGAAAUAGUUAAGGUCCACAAAGAAAUACACACAUCCAUUGACCAAAUUGAUCCAGUAUCAGAGUAUGAUAACUUCAUUGAAAUGUAUGGGUCACCUGGAACCAAAGAACCAAACGUAGAAUUUGAUGUUUCACUGUUAGAGGAAACAGAGAAUCUUCAAGCCAAUGAGAUCCUAUGGAAUAAUUUGACUGCGGACAGUUUACAAGCAUUGUUGAAGUGUACAACCGAGGAGCUGCUGCUAACCCAGCAGAGUCUGCGCAGUAAAGAGGACCUCAUGCUAGACCUGCAGAGCAAAAUUGAGGAGUCUGCUAAAACCUGUGAGAAGAAGUCUGACACGGUUUUGUUGCUGAGUCAGAAGCAGUCUUUGGAGGAGCUGAGGCAGACAGUGCAGCUUCUCCGCUGCUCUCAGGCCAAACUGAGCUGCCAGAAGGAGCUGCUAGAGCAUAAGAUGAAGGAGAAUGAGGGCAAGGAGCCUCCGCCUGUGGUCAACUAUGAAGAGGAUGCACGCUCUGUCAAUUCAGUGGAUAAAAACAAAGACAGGAUAUCAAAGUUUGACACCCUCCGUCACUCCAUCGCUGGCAUAAUACGGUCACCAAAGUCUGUACUGGGCUCAUCUUCCUUUUUUGAUGUUAUCCCCACCAGUGAGAAGCCACUGGGGGAGCAGGAGUGGUACCAUGGGGCGAUACCCCGUACAGAAGCUCAGGAGCUGCUCAAGCAACAGGGAGAUUUCCUGGUGCGUGAAAGCCAUGGCAAACCCGGCGAGUAUGUGCUUUCUGUGUUCUCAGAUGGCCAACGUAGACACUUCAUCAUUCAGUUUGCUGAUAAUCAGUACCGAUUUGAAGGCACUGGAUUCCCCACUAUUCCACAAUUGAUUGAGCACCACUACACUACGAAGCAAGUCAUUACCAAAAAGUCUGGAGUUGUGCUCUUAAAUCCUGUCAUAAAGGAUAAAAAAUGGAUUCUGAAUCAUGAGGAUGUCAUUCUAGGAGAACUUCUAGGCAAAGGUAAUUUUGGUGAAGUAUUCAAAGGAACAUUAAAGGAUAAAACUCCUGUGGCUGUGAAGACUUGUAAAGAAGAUCUCCCACAAGACCUCAAGAUCAAGUUCCUCUCAGAGGCCAGGAUUCUUAAGCAGUAUGACCAUCCCAACAUUGUGAAGUUAAUAGGUGUCUGUACACAAAGGCAGCCCAUUUAUAUUGUGAUGGAACUUGUGCCAGGAGGGGACUUUCUGUCCUUCUUGAGGAAAAAGAAGGAAGACCUCAAGCCAAAGCAGCUGGUGAAGUUUGCUCUAGAUGCUGCUGCAGGAAUGGCCUACCUAGAGCUAAAGAACUGUAUACAUAGGGAUCUGGCUGCCCGGAACUGCCUGGUGGGAGAAAACAACCUAUUGAAGAUCAGUGACUUUGGUAUGUCACGGCAGGAGGAUGAUGGGAUUUACUCAUCUUCUGGCCUCAAGCAAAUUCCUAUCAAGUGGACUGCACCAGAGGCUCUCAACUAUGGGAGAUACAGCUCAGAAAGUGAUGUGUGGAGUUAUGGGAUCCUACUAUGGGAAACCUUCAGCCUGGGAGUAUGUCCUUACCCGGGAAUGACCAACCAGCAAGCCCGCGAACAAGUUGAGAAAGGUUACAGAAUGUCAUGCCCACAAAAGUGCCCAGAUGAAGUCUACAAGAUCAUGCAGAGGUGCUGGGAUUACAAGCCUGAAAAUCGACCCAAAUUUGCUGAAAUUUAUAGGGAACUGUCUUUAGUUAAGAAAAAAUAGCUCUAAAUUAGAACAUAGCCAAGUGACCAAAUUCAUUUCUCAUCCAGGCAAUUUCUCUCUCAAACACAGAAAUAUCUAGAAUCUUUUCGUCUCAUGUUCACUAUGUAUUAUGAUUGUGUUAUAUACAAGUAUGUGUGGUCACGUAAUGAUUGUAUGAAGCCUAUGCAACAGCUGUUUUUGAGCCAUUACCAGUGCAUGAGGUCUUGGCUUUACUCAGUUCUUAAAACAAAUCAGUAUUUCUACCAAACACAUUUUUCUGAAUGUCAUAUUUACUUUAAGGAAUCCCUUGAAAUACAAGUAAUUUCAGACAGAUAAGUAGAGGACAAAGACUUUAAUUCUCAUAAAUUUAAAAGGGGCAUUCCACACCAACUCACCUAGGGCCUGUCUAGUCACAUUGUUUUCUGUGUUGAAAAACUAAUGCAAAAAACUUAUGCAAAAUAUUUUUAGCAAUUCAUUUUAAAAUUUGCCCUAUCAGGUUCUAAACUAAAAUAUCUUAAAUACUGAGGUUGUCUGCCUAAAGAAUGAAUGAACUAAACUGAUAUUUUUGUUGGGUAAUAAUACACUUCAUCACCUUGUAUUAAGCAAGCGAAAUUUGAAAUGUGAUGUCACAUUGCAAUGGAACAGACAGUUUUCAAGCCUUUUUUGUAGUCUUUAUAGAUUCAAGCAAAUUUCAGAUUUUUUUUUGUGCAAUAUAAGGAAAUAGAUUGUAAAUAGUAAAACACUGGAUUUCCAAAAUAACGUAAUGCUCCUGAAAGUCUGUAUCAUUUGCUGAGAGAUAUAUUUCUGUAUUUCUCGUUAAUGGGGAUCUGUUAUACAAAGAAUCUCCUGUAUAAGAAGUCAACAUGUAUCCUAUCAUCAGAAUAAACUGCCUUUGUAACAGAAAACAAAGCAUUAUAAAGGCAUCACCAUCAAAAGUUUCCAAAAUUAAUCCUAGUCACCUUCUCCCCAUUAUUUCAACAGUCAGUGUGCUUUUCUAGGUUACACAGCCUGUUUUUUUCUAUAGAAGCGUAUUUUGAUUAUAUCCAUUCUCUGCUGCUUGUGUCACUGAUGUUUUCAGAACCUGAGAGAUAUCCUGGCAUUCUCUGAAUUUCAGUCUGUCCAGCAGCUGUAAUGAAAAAAAAAAAACAUUUUGUCGAAAUUCAUUUUGGGUGAUUCUGUACAAUGCAUAAUAAAUCCCCUAUCAAU